GGUCGCGUGCCAGUAUAGGCUUGCGCCGGGUUGCGGCUUUAUAAAGGCUGAAGUGGAAAGUGACGGAACAAUUGCAGGAGAGAUUUAUGUGCAGAAAGGAUUAGGUGAGAAAAAAAGAAAGUCGGAUGCGGGCGGCGCGGAAGGGGAAGGCGAGGGGCCCUUAUAUUGAGAGUGGAUGGCGGGGGAGUUUAGAGAGAGUAGUGGGGCAAAAAGUCAAGUCCUGGUUCUGGUUUAGACAGGAAAUAACGGUACCACUUAACGCCCAGCGACGCAUCAAAUGCGGCCGAUCAAUAAGAGUCAGCAACUGGCCUAGCACUGGAGCAGAACAGAACAAAGGCUGGGGGGCAAACGCGUCGCCGAUUACUCAUUGAAGGAGGGAAGAGCUAGUUUGCAGCCUCAGGCGCGUUACCAAUCAGCCUCCGCCUACUACCCCAUCCGAUUUCGGCAGGCUGGACGCGACGGUGCUUCAGGUAAGCGAGCACUU